AAGUCAACUCCACGGAGGUUGUUCCGUCUUCUGACGCUAGGAGUAAGCGCUGUCCUCGGUGCUGACGAGUCGACUCGCUGGGCUGUCUUCGUCCACAAUCCGCUUAGCGAAGCGUCCGUCCGAAUGAAAGCGGGACCUCCGCCUUCCCCUUGAUUAUUAUCGGCGAAUUCAACCGAGCGAAGCGGCGGAAAAGCCGUUCAACUUUGCAUUUUUUUUUUUCUUUAAACGGACGCUUUGCUCCCUCGCAGUCACCUCGGCUGUUUUUCCGCCGCUCCCGAAACACAAGGACGAGAUUUUUUUUUUUUUUUUUUUUGUUAUAGCGGCGCGACCUCGAUUUAAAGGAGAGAUGAAUUGGACGAGACGCGAUGGCAGCUUGACGGGCAUGUUGGUGGCGUGGCUUCUCGCGGCUGCCGUGGCCACCGGCCGCGGACGAGGUCCAAAUGAGAGUGAUGGCACCAAAGGGAGGACUGGAGAUCACGUCACCCCCCCCUCAACCCAAGACCGAGAAGGUGAGGUUCACUGGGUCACCACCCCGUCGCCCAUGAACAGCCCAGACCACCGGCCCGUCCUCAAAGGCUUGAUGCUUCAAGAGCACCUUCUCUUGAGGGACUUUGAGGGCGACCAACACUUUUUCAGGAGCGACGGCUCCGCGGCGGCGUACCCCACCAGAGCGGGAGCCGCUCACCCGGUCACGCAAAUAGUUCCCCACGAGGAAGCUCCCGCUUUUUCGGAUAUGGCCUCUACCGCCACCGUGGCCGCUACGUCGUCACUGACGACGUUCUCUCCUACAACACCCAAACCUCUCCUUCAGAAGUCACACGAAGAAAGAAACAAACGCAGGCAGACGCCGCAAGCGAUGCCGAACGACGACGAAGCGGCUGCUUCCUUAUCAUUGCGGCGAGAUCAACUUCACCCUUGGAGGGAUUUUUCCGAGCAGUCCGGUCUUGCACCCUCCACAAUGAGGAUGGCAAAAGGGCAGGUGGGGGAAAUCACAGCCAAAGACAAAAGCGGUCCUAAUCAGUCCCUUCCAAACCUUACUUCAUCAUUCCGAACGGAGGCCACGUCAACCUCUGUGAUAACGACGACAACCAUCACCACUGUGCAAACAUCUGAGCCGUGCGGCCUAAAUUUCACUGACCCCGAGGGCAACAUUGAAAUCCUGCAGCAGCUUGACACAGCAAUGGAGUGCAACUACUUGAUUACCGUCUACCUGGGGUACGGCAUCGAGGUCCAGGUGGUGAAUGCAAGUAUGUCGGAGGGACAGCGCGUGACCCUGGAGGACACGGGUGGCCGGGAAUCCUUUGUUCUCGCCAACGAGUCAGUUUUAAUACGUGGUCUUGUGCUACGCAGUCGGAGCAAUCAGAUCUCCAUUCGUUUCCGUAGCGACCAACAGCACCACUCGGGAGUCAUUCAGCUUCAUUACCAAGCCUUUGUGCUGAGCUGUUCCUUCCCCAAGGAGCCCGCCGGUGGAGAAGUUUCCGUAACGCACCUCUACGCUAGUGGAGAAGCUUACUUCAACUGCUUUACAGGCUACAGGUUGAAAGGACCGAAGACGCUCACUUGCCGCAACGCCACCACGCCCUACUGGAGCGGGAAAGAACCCCAGUGCAUUGCAUCCUGCGGUGGGAUGAUGAAAAACGCAACCACUGGUCGCAUUGUUUCUCCUGGAUUUCCUGGCAACUACAGCAACAACCUGACAUGCCACUGGGUCCUGGAGGCCCCCGAAGACCAUCGGCUACAUAUUCACUUCGAAAAGGUGGCUUUGGCAGAGGAUGAUGACAGACUGCUGAUCAAGAACGGCAACAAUAUCGACUCACCCCCUGUGUACGACUCGUAUGAGGUGGAGUAUUUGCCUAUCGAGGGAGUCCUGAGCACAGGACGUUAUCUGUUUGUAGAGUUUACCACAGAUGGGACGCUGACCUCCACGGGUGCAGCCAUCAGAUAUGAAGCUUUUGCAAAAGGAAAGUGCUACGAGCCCUUUGUCAAGUACGGCAAUUUCAGCAGCAGCGACUCCACCUAUAGCGUCGGGGCUGUGGUGGAAUUCUCGUGUGACCCCGGUUACACGCUGGAGCAAGGCUCUGUAGUCAUCGAGUGCACCGAUGCCGAAAGCACUCAGUGGAAUGAAACCGAGCCGGCUUGUAGGGCCGUGUGCAGCGGUGAGAUGACCGACUCCGCUGGCGUGGUCCUGUCUCCUAACUGGCCCGAAGCCUACGACAAGGGCCAGGACUGCAUCUGGGGCAUCCAUGUAGAAGAGGACAAGAGGAUCAUGCUGGAUAUUCAAGUGCUCAACUUGGGCAAAAACGACCUUCUGACCUUCUACGACGGCGAUGACUUGUCCGCCAACAUUCUCGGGCAAUACAGCGGUAAACGUCCUCACUUCAAGCUUUUCACGUCCAUGGCAGAUGUCACCGUACAGUUUCAAUCCGAUCCCGCCACCAAUAUCUACGGCUACAACAAUGGAUUUGUGGUGCACUUUUUCGAGGUGCCAAGGAACGAUACUUGCUCCGAGUUGCCGGAGAUUACCAACGGCUGGAAAAGCACAUCUCACCCAGACCUCAUCCACGGCACCGUCGUCACAUACCAGUGCUACCCUGGAUUUGAGAUGGCGGGCUCAGAGAUCCUCAUGUGCCAAUGGGAUCUCAGUUGGAGCGGAGAUGUGCCCAGAUGUCAGGAAGUGAUGACUUGUCAGGACCCGGGAAAUGUGGAGCACAGUCGGCGGGUGAACACAGGCACCCGCUUUGCUGUUGGAUCUUCAGUGCAGUAUUACUGUAAUAAAGGCUACAUUCUGUCAGGCAGCAGCUCGCUUACCUGCUACAACCGCGACUCUGCCAAACCUAAGUGGAGCGAUCGGCCGCCAAAGUGUGUUCCCGAAAAGUACGAGCCCUGCAGGAACCCCGGCGCCGCCUCCACCAGUGCGCUAAGUUCUGAGAAGGCCUUUUAUCAAGCAGGUGAGACGCUGACCUUCUCCUGCCACCCGGGUUACGAGCUGCAGGGGCAGGCCGCCAUUUACUGCAUUCCCGGGCAUCCUUCGCAGUGGAACAGCACGCCGCCUGCUUGUCGAGCUUCAUCGCGUCAAUACUUAUAUGAAGAUAGGCUGGAGCUUGUCAAUAACAAUUAUGGCGACGAAGGAACCAAUAUUACACUGGCUGUCUUUAUCCCAACCGCAAUUAUCUUGGUGAUUGUUCUCGGGAUUUAUGUUUGUGCAACAAAAAUACAAGGGAAGGCUAUCAGCUUGUCGUCGUCGCCGCCGUAUGACAACAUGGCAGAGGAAUCGGCCUUCGACAACCCGGUUUAUGACAGAGGAGUAAGUACAGAUGUGGUGACCCUGCAAGAUGUGGACUCACAAAACACCAGUGUGCUUUCUUGAAUGCCAUCUGUGUGGCUGGUCAUUUCAUGUCACACCACAAGAGGACACCCUCUACUCAUCGUCUCAUCACCAUCUUCCAUCAGCUGCAAGCAGUAGCCUGUUAACAAGUGCUAUUUGUCCCUGCUUCGCAAUAUAUAGAAGAGCAUACCAUUGUUGACACCAAAUACAUCAAAUGUCAGUACAAUAGCGUACCGCACAAAUGCUAAUUUUAGACUGUGACGUUGCCAUCGUAACGCGGAAGUGGGUCAUUAUAGACACGCCCUCGCAUACAACCGUGUUAUUUCUGCUUGUUUUCUCUUGUUAAUCUUUCAAAAACUAACAUGCCGAUCAAACACUGCUGCUAUGGAACUUGUAGAAACGAUUCUAGACAUGACGACAUAUGAAGGAUGUUUUCUUCAUACGUUUCCCAAAACCAAAAAACUCAGAGGAAAAAAAUGUGACGAACCGAUCAACUUGCACGGACGUCCAAAAGACCAGUUUAACGCCAGCAAUGUGAAGCCAUUCACAUUUAAUGUGCAGUAAACAUUUUGUUGGGGGUCAUGGUCCUGCAGAGGACGAAGAGGUAAGCCAUUUUGAUAUUUUGACUUGUUUUUUAGCGUGGCGUUUUGCCGUGCUGCUUCUGUCUGACAAUGAAUGACCUGGAAAAAAUUUAAAUGGUAUCUGACUGCCACUUUUACCUUUUCUGUUGUAAAAAAAAAAAAAAAAAAAAAAAAGUAAGUGGAAGUGUAAAUAAAUUAUAGAAUUAAGAUUUGUUAUUAAUGAAAAAAUUAAAAGUGUUCAUUGGCUGUCACUGAGUAGCAUUUGCGAUCGCUACACAAAAAUAGCUAUGUAAAAUGCCCCCAAGAACAGUCAGAGACUUAAGACAACCAGAGGAUAUGAUAUAUAAGACAGACAGGGCAUAUGGUGGUAAAGGAUAGAUUGUUGAAACAGGAGAAUGUCAUUGAGUGUUUGCAGGUCAGGGCUGCCUUGGCUUUGUCAGACAGUGGACCGCUCAGGCAGGCAAUCGGGUGGACAACCUUUUUACAGUAUGAACUGUAUAUUAAAUCUUGUGUUUGCUGUGACAAAACAGCUGUUUGAGCUGCUGUGGAAAGUUCUUUGGUCAUUGUGUGCUUCAACAUGAUAAACCAUGAACCUUGACAACUGAAUGUUGGACUUGUCAAGACAAGUCAAGACACUCAAUUUUCUAAAAUGUAGACAGUCUGGUUUAGCUACAGUUCUGGAUUCUAGUCUUAGUUUCAUGCGACAUGGCCCUCUCAUCAUUUUUACACAAACCCAGGAGUUAAAAAGUCUGGAAUUGCUAAUAUUCAAGAUGCUAAUUGCAGCUAUCCAGAAUGAAACCGCUCCUUUACACCUAGGCUGCUUGAUUGCCUGUUUGAGUGAUCUUUUAUUUGACAAAACAAAGUAGUGAGUUUGGUAUCGGGGUCAUUUGACGCCUUUCUGGUAUUUCUUUAUAGCCCCCCCCAAAAAAAACUUCCAGUGUUAACUGAACAUUUGUAUGUUCUUCCACAUCUUUACCAGUGAAUUUUGCACCAGGGACAUCAUUUUCGCACAGAAUUGGUAGGUUUAGCUCAGUAAACAUCUCGUUCGUACACUAUUUGCACACAUUUACAAUUAGGGACAAACGGGAGGUUGGCAACAAUUGCUAACGUCAUGAAUAUUAAUGAGCAAAAGUGCCGUGUUGCUUGCGGUACGUCAUUGAAAUGUACUGAAGUUGAUGUAUGUACAGUGUGUGGAGUACAAAUGGACGUAAUUCUUUCACUUACCACUAGAGGAAGCCCACGUACCACUUUGAGAAUCACAGAAUUGCUCUUUAACACUCGUCAUCCAUUGAGCCACAUUCGUUACAGAGUGCUGCAGAGCGUUCACAUAAAUAUAUGCACAAAAAAAUUGUUUUAAAUUAUUUGAAAUCACAAGCUUAUUAAGUUUCUCACAACUGUUGUCUUUAGGGUGCAUGUUUUUUUUUUCCUGCAUUAUUUCAAAUGCAUCAUUCCAUUUGUGUCACCAUCACAUCACAGUAUUAACAGAGGUGGGUAGAGUAGCCAAAAACAUGACUCAAGUAAGAGUAGCAUUAAAUGUAACGCGCUUCCACCAUAGGCAGAGUUUGACUUUUGGGCCGGGGGGCACAACAUGUUGAUGACCUCAAAACUUACAAUAAUAUUUAUAAUAAUACGUUGAAAAUGAGCGUGUUUUUGUUUCCCAUCAUUCUUGAGGAGAAUUCUAAAUCAGGCUGCUUACCUUAGACAGCUAUACCUUCACUAAGAUUGUCAUCCAUUGAAUAUGGUACGCCCGCCGGUGUCGUGCCAAUGUAGUUACCCCAGUCAACAUUUGUAUCCCCUGGGGGGAGCCAUAUGGAGGUAGAUUUGUGUCUUCAUUAUUCGAUCAAAAAAAAAGAGUUUAAAUGUAAAAAUAAAUUUGAAACUGGGGAAAAAAUGCAUUUGAAAGCUAUUUUUCUUUGAUUUUUUUUUUUUUUUUUUUUUUUUUGAUUGAAGUCAAUUUCUUUAUUUGAAGCACCUUUUUUUUAAUUGAAGUAAUGUUGUUUUGCGCUUGGGCUACAUUAUGGCUUGGACAUUUGUGUCUUUGUUAAUCAAAAAAAUUAUUUGCUUCAGACAAAAAUAUAUAUUUUCAAACGAAAAAUCACUUCAAUUAAAAAAUAAAAAAAAUUCAAUCACAGAAAGUUUUUGAAGGCAAAAAAAAUAUUUGAGACUCAAAUAUUUGCAUUUGAACAAUUAAUUUUUAUUUUAAAAAGUUUUCUUUGAUUUUAGCUAUCCUUUUUGUGUUUGGCCCAUAUUAUGGGUAGAACAUUUGUGUCUAAAUCAUUCAAUCCCCCCCAAAAAAAUUCCAAAUAAAGAAAAAAAAUCAUUUGAAAAAUAAAAUUGCCCUCCUCUAUUAUUUAUUUAUUUAUAAUCAUAUGCAAAGUAAAUGACCGUCUAAGGUGCUAGUCACAUAAUCUCUUCGAAAAAUAAUUUUGACCCUUUAUAAAAAUAUAUUUUUUUGUUCAUUUCAUUUAUUUUUGUUGCUUGCUUUAUUGCUUUACAACUAUUAUAUACGGUAUAUAGGAAAGUGAAUUACAUGCAAUGACACUUUUCGGCCAUGGGGGGGCUGGCCCCCCUGGCUCCCCCUUAAACUCCGCUUAUGGUUACCACCCACCUCUGAUGAUGACAUGCUCACGCAUGACGUUACAUGUCUGAAUAAAGGACCCCUCUCCUCUUCUCCUUCAGCACUGGCAAGCACAUUCUAGAUACUAAUGCUAGCACUAUGUUCACGUUGGCUCCACUUCACAACAACUAAGAGGUGAGAUCUCCGGGCGUUGCUGACAGCACAUCCAAGUCUCUGUCACCUGUGCCAUGAUGCCAGACCAUGAUGUUGACUACCUCUUCUAAAACUUUCAUAUCGUUUCAUAUCUUGAUGAAAAAUUAAUGCCGUAAAACAGCUGCACCACCACUUCAUCAACACAUACCAAUGAACACUAACGUCAGAAGAACAGUAUUUGUUCCACAUUGACCAUUAACCGGUACCGGCUGCCAUUGACGGUGACAGACGUCCAAUCCAUUUGGACUUUUUGCCGUCAAUGGCAAUAAAUAUUCAAUUAUGCCACAAUCUGUCAUAAUUAUGACAUGACUCUGUCAUGAAUGCUUAUGACAGAUGUCAUUCAGUGUCAUCCAUCAAAUGUUGUCACUAAUUCCAUUUAUGUCCAGUUUGGAUCUAUUACAACCAUUCAAAAGUGAGAUACUUUGCUGGAUGACACAAAAUGACAUCGGUCGUAAGCAUUCAUUAAUGCUCACGGCAGUGUCAUGUCAUAAAUAUGAUGGUCUUAUUAUAGUCUUAUGGCACCACCGUCAAAUAAAGUGUUACCAAAUAUUGUAACUAGCAACUAAUGAAACAACUGGAACCGUAACUGAAGAAAUAAUUAGCGCAGAACAUGAAUUGUGAUUGUUAUUGACAUCUGUAGUGCUGCAAUGCAUGCUAGGAGGCAUGUUGAACGACAAGGGUUGAGAGCAGGUGUUAGCAUAGGUUGACUGUCUCCCCCAAGGGAGCAGUGAUAGCCAAAUGAAGCUACUUAAACUAUUGCAGCCAAUUGGUUCAAAGCUUCAUUGUGGUUCAUUUGGUCUUAUGACAGUCUUAUGGCGCCACCAUCAAAUAAAGUGUUACCAAAUAUUGUAACUAGCACCUAAUGAAACAACUGGAACAGUAACUGAAGAAAUAAUUAGCAUAGAACAAAAUUUUGAUUGUUAUUGACAUCUGUAGCGCUGCAAUACAUGCUAGGAAGCAUGUUGGACGACAACAGUGUUGACAGUAGGUGAUAGCAGAGGCGGAGUGUCUCCCCUAAGGGAGCAGUGAUGGCCAAAUGAAGCUUCUUGAAGCAAUGACGCUUUGUAGCCAAUUGGUUCAAAGCUUCAUUGCGCCACAGUCAAAUAAAGUGUUACCACAUAUUGUAACUAGCAACUAAUGAAAAACUGGAACAGUAACUGAAGAAAUAAUAAGCGCAGAACAUGAAUUGUAAUUGGUAUUUACAUCUGUAGCACUGCAAUGCAUGCUAGGAGGUCUGUUGGACGACAAGUCGACAGCAGGUGGCAGCAGAGCUUGACUGUCUCCUUCUACGGGAGCAGUGAUGGCCAAAUGAAGCUUCUUGAAGCAGUGAAGCUUUGCAGCUAAUUGGUUCAAAGCUUCAUGGUGGUUCAUUUGGUUAUAUGACAGUCUUAUGACGCUACUGUCAAAUAAAGUGUUACCGCUCAAUAUCAUUUGGUGUAAAUAUCCCUUAGUACAAUGAGAACAGCUGCGGUUUAUAGUCCGGUGCGGCUUAUCUAUGAACAAAUGCUAUUUUGGCGCAAAAUACGGGUAGUCCAGCCCACAUGACAUCAUAUUGCCAUAAAUGUGACCUGUGAAACAAAACGAGUUUGACAUCCCUGCACUAAAAAUGGACAAAUUUCUGCUUCUUGUAUGGUAUCUAACACCAUGUGAAAACCAUGAAAAUGGGUAUGAAACAAAUAAUCAACCGGUUAACAAUAUCUAUGUAUUUGUUUAAUCUUGUCUAUGAUAUUUUUGGGGUACGGUAGUAGUGUUUCUGCACUGUGAGCACGAUGCCAUAUAUCUGAAUUGACACCUGGCUGGCGUAUUAUUUGGCCUUUGUAUGUUACAAAUAAAGACAUUCUUUGUAUUCUGUACAAAUAUGUAUAUAACAAUGUAACACUAAUUUAUGUGUCUGGUCUUUACAGGACUAAUGAGAAAAAAAAAAAGAUUAAAAGGUGUCAAUUUAGAGACCUUGCAUUUCUCAAGCUUUGCCUUUUGGAAUCUCCCUCUGCACUCUUCAUCUUUGAGGAUCUUGUAAAUAUGUCUUUGACUGUCUGUGGAUCACCAUGGUGAUAUUUUUAUAAACUAAACUGAUUGAUGACAGAAGGUGAUCGCUUGAUAUCUCUGUAUUUUCGCUGCCCUGACUCCCUCAGUAGCAGACCUUAAGAGAAAAGGGACUUUAGUCACAAAUUCCUUCCAUUUAGCUUCCUUUGUCAAAUUGUCGAUAUUACUGUAUUUUCUUUGCCUGUCUGGAUCUGCUCUUUGUAAAUAAACUGCCUGCCCAAUACAUGUGUCCUGCCUGACUAUAAUUUAUAUAAUUAUUAUAUAUACAUAUAUAUGUAUAUAUAUAUAUACACAUAUAUAGGGCUGUCAAAAUGAUCGCGUUAACGGGCGGUAAUUAUAUUUUUUAAAUUAAUCACGUUAAAAUAUUUGACGCAAUUAACACACAUGCCCCGCUCAAACAGAUUAAAAUGACAGCAGAGUAAUGUCCGCUUGCUACUUUUGUGUGUGUGUGUGUGUGUGUGUGUGUGUGUGUGUGUGUGUGUGUGUGUGUGUGUGUGUGUGUGUGUGUGUGUUUGGCGCCCUCUGCUGGCGCUUCGGCCCAAAUGAUUUUAUAGGUUUCAGCACAAUGAGCGAGCAUGGUGUUAUUAUUGACAUAAACAAUGGCGAGCUACUAGUUUAUUUUUUGAUUGAAAAUUUUUUUUAAAUUUGAAUAAAACGAAAACAUUAAGAGGGGUUUUAAUAUAAAAUUUCUAUAACUUGUACUAACAUUUAUCUUUUAAGAACUACAAGUCUUUUUAUCCAUGGAUCGCUCUAAGAGAUUGUUAAUAAU